CGUUAAUCAGAGCGCUCUCGGAGAGGCUGGAUAAAUGUGUCAUAUGCUGACAGGAAGGUAUUUUCUAAUGAGCUGAAGGAAUCCCGCUGAGGUAUGAUGGUCGGUGAGCAGCAGGAAGGAGACACAUGUGCGGCAGAAAGGCUGCGCCUCGUCUCCCCACCUGAAAGCAGCAACCUCAGGGAAGCUUUAACUGAAAACAGAAACCCAAGAGGAGCGAAGAUGUUUGAAGCCUCAGGAAUUCCUCUCAUCCUGCUCGAUCUCGCCUGCCUUGUACUCGUUGGACUUCCGUUUUUCAUUCUUACCCCUAAACACAACCCCUUCAAGCGGGGUUUCUUCUGCAACGAUGAGUCCAUCAGAUAUCCAUUUAAAGAGGACACCAUAUCCUACCAGCUGCUCGGAGGAGUCAUGAUUCCCUUCACUAUCAUAGUUCUCACCUGCGGUGAGUUUUUAUCAGUUUACCUGUCUCGCAUCAAGAAUCGGCCUUUGGGAAAGAAAUGGGUGUUGUGCGUCUAUAAAGCUUUGGGAAGCUGCUUGUUUGGAGCUGCUGCCAGUCAGUCUCUGACUGACAUUACCAAAUACUCCAUCGGCCGACUGCGCCCGCACUUCCUGGCUGUAUGCCAACCAGACUGGGAUCGGAUCAGCUGUAAAACAGGAGGAUACAUAGAGAACUUCACCUGCACUGGAGACAAUUUUCUGGUGGCCGAAGCCAGAGUGUCCUUUUCUUCUGGCCAUGCGUCCUUCUCCAUGUACUGCAUGCUGUUCCUUGUACUGUACCUUCAAGCCAGAAUGAGGUCUAAGUGGGCACGGCUUCUGCGUCCCACCAUCCAGUUCUUCCUGAUUACCACGGCGGUGUAUGUUGGUCUGACCCGCGUGUCUGACUACAAACAUCACUGGAGUGACGUGUGCGCUGGCCUCCUGCAGGGCGGUUUGGUGGCUGUUUUCACAGUGUUCUGUGUCUCCAACUUCUUUUCACAGCCAGUGGAACCAGUGGUCACGCAGGAGGAAGAAGCCCCUCACACCAGCUUACAGGAAAACCCCAACAAUGGUAACCACUACGGCAGCACUGAAUGACGCUGGUGACUCAGAGACGUUACUCUGCUCAGCCUCCAUUGCAAAAGGACCUUAGAAUGGACCUAAAACCCAUAAAUAAACAGCAAGUCUUACAAAUUACUUGCUGCCUGUUGGGAUGCAGGUCCUGCGUCUGCUUUGUUUACAUGGGGCCAUUUCCUGCUACCUGGUGUAGCUUCAGCUGCAGACACAAGUGCACAACGCAGGAUACUUGUUGCAUAUACUUGUCUGAUUUGCCACCUUGAAUAAAAAUUCCUAUUUUUGAAGAAUACAGGUCCUUCUCAAAAUAUUAGCAUAUUGUGAUAAAGUUCAUUAUUUUCCAUAAUGUAAUGAUGACAAUUUAACAUUCAUAUAUUUUAGAUUCAUUGCACACUAACUGAAAUA